ACGAGCUCUUUCUUUACUAACGUGUCUUCGACGAAAGCGAGACUCAUCCAGGUGCAUCCUGACUUUCCUCCUCCUCAGGUUUCUUCUUCUUUCUUCUCCUUCAUCUCGUUCUUCUCCGGGAGCCAAUCAGAGCUCGCGUACCUGCAGGAAGUCUGACCCGUUAUUCUCCUCCCUCAGAAGGCAGCAUCCCCUCCCUCUCUAGUGACCUCCCGCUUUCGCUAAUCUCGACCUGACGAGCUGCAUGGAAGCAGAAGUCACCAGACGUUCUCCAGCCAUGCAGUUCCAGCCCUCGCACGCUCCUCUUUACGCGCCGACGCCCGCGCCGCCCGCUCACCCGACGCCCUUCUACAUCGAGGACAUCCUGGGCAGAAACGCGCCCGCGCCCGGUCCGGUGGCGCCCACGCCGACCCUGCCGUCUCCGAACUCGUCGUUCACCAGCCUGAUCCCGUCCUACCGGACCCCGAUCUACGAGCCCACGCCGAUCCACCCGGUUCUGUCUCAGCAGGCGCUCGCGUACGCGUCCAUCUACCCGUUCCAGCGAGACUUCACGCACGCGCUGAUCCGCCACGACCCGCUGGGUAAACCUCUGCUCUGGACGCCGUUCAUCCAGCGGCCGCUGCACAAGAGGAAAGGCGGGCAGGUCCGCUUCUCCAACGACCAGACCAUCGAGCUGGAGAAGAAGUUCGAGACGCAGAAGUACCUGUCUCCCCCCGAGAGAAAGAGACUCGCCAAGAUGCUGCAGCUCAGCGAGAGACAGGUGAAGACGUGGUUCCAGAACCGUCGGGCGAAAUGGAGGCGAUUGAAACAGGAGAAUCCUCCGAGCGGGAAGAGAGAGGCAGAGGACUCCGGCGAGCACAGAUCGAGUCCGGAAGUGACGCACGAGUCUGAAGACUCUGAUUCGGAUCAGGAGCUGGACAUCGAGGAGGACCCGCAGUUCUCCGUGACCCCGUGACCCCAGCGCUGGACUGUACAUACUGUAUCAUACUGUACAUUUAGUAGCACGAUUAACUUAAUGGAGGCGUAGAUUUCCAUCCAAACCUGUAUCUGCUGUCUCGUGGGAAAUUUUGUAAAUAUUCUGUGUCGGGUCAAUAAACCGUAUUUUGGGGACAACU